AUGCCCCCCAACUUUUUUUAUCGUAUUCAGGUUGUAUUUAUAAGAUUUAAUUCAAUUAAUAAAAAAAGAUCAGGUUAUGUCAAUCGGAUUUCGGGUUGGCCCGAAAAUUUAUUAAGAGCCCGACUUGAUCAAGAGCUUUCGGGGUUUAACCUAGAUCGCACCCAAAGAUGUCAAUCACCUGAUGAAAAAACGCGUGACUGGAAUUUACCAGGAACGCAGUAUGAAGUACACAGAUACCAGGAACGUAGUACAAUUCACUCUCGUUAG